AUGGCGAGUAGACCAUUUCGAAUCUCUAUUGAAGUAAUAGCCUUGACCACCGACGCCUUUGGGGGAACAGUCGAGCUCAAAUCCGAGUUAAAACAAAACGAUCGUAAGGAGAUAGACACCUCGUCAACAAUCCAUUUGGAUACACUACCAAGAUUCUUAGUCUUUGACACUACGACCCUCUUCCGAGAUCGACUUAAAGAUUUAGGACCACCUUACCCAAUGAUGUCUAUUGCUAUUUCAAUAACUCUUAAAGAAAUUAGAGAUCCAAGAUACGUGCCUUCUCUUGUAAGAAUAAUUCCUUUUGCAGCACUAGAUUUGAGAGAUUAG